CUGCCUUUGCUCUCACUUUCCCUCUCGUCUCGUUGAAUCUGAACAUCAGAUGAAAGAAUCACAUGAAUCAACAGUGUUUUAUUUUUUCUCUCCAAUGGUUAUAUAUGAAGAUAAUGCAGUGGAAUGCUGCCAUUUGGGUUCCGGGUAAACAAGUUGCUCUACUGUCACCCAGCAGCAGCGCAUGAGAGAGGCUCGAGGACGGACUCCUCCCCACCUCCCCGUGACACUUUCAAGACAUCGCUGAGAAAGGACAACAGCCUUUUUCGGCCAGUCUGCGAACGGAGCAUUGAGACAGCGUUACGUAUAAACGACUUCACUACAGCCGGGGGUUGCCUAUAUGGCUUUCCAAAGUUCCAUCUCUGAAAACGGUGACAUCUGACGGACUCGAGCUUUAGCGCAACAUUGCUCCGAUUCUUUUCUCAUUCUUGGACUUGGACUUACCCUCUGCGCUGUUGAUUCCCAGCGAGCAGUCCUGACACGGAUCCAGCUCAGCGCAUGCCAUAACCUUACAGAGACUGCUGUAUUAGAGGAGCAUUUUAACCACAGUUUUAUACAUCUGACUACCUGUAUUGAUAUCCCUUUUUGUACAUUUGUGUGAAAAAAAUGUGUUUGCCCAAGGAGUGAUUUUUACGUGUCCUGGAACCGUCAAAGCUGACGUCCCAUGAACACAUCAUAAAACUGGAUCCGGACACAACCUGAACGAGAAGCACUACACACAGUGACACUCGCAUUUGGUAACUUCACCUGCUACGGUCGUCAAUUAAUAUUAACCAAGUGACCAGCAAGGCGUCAUCUAUAUCGCAGGUUGCGCUAUCAAAGCCCUUUACACGUAGGGGUGUAGGCGACAGCGAUUUUAUGUGGCAUUGAAUUGUGUCUUGCCUAUUUCUGCCAUUCAUAAGCUGCGACAGAGGAAAGAAAAAGCACACAAAUGUAAACGAACGAAGGCAUCUCUCCUGCUGAAGUGUACCUAGAACUGACUGAUCGUGCAGUCACCCCGCAUCGAAGAGGAAUACGUGCCGAACUUUGCUGUAGUGAUGUUGAAAGUGGAGAUGGUGCUAUUUGUCUUUCUGGUGCUAUGGAUGUGUGUAUUCAGCCAGGAGCCCAGCUCCAAGGUGGUGGCCGACCGGUAUGCCGUCUUCUGGAACCGAACCAACCCCAGGUUCCACCGUGGAGACUACCACAUUGACGUGUGUAUAAACGACUACCUGGACGUGUUCUGUCCCCACUAUGAAGACACAGUGCCGGAGGAGCGUAUGGAGCGCUACGUCCUCUACAUGGUCAACUACGACGGCUACACUACGUGUGACCACACGGCCAAGGGCUUUAAACGCUGGGAGUGUAACAGACCUCACUCCCCCAACGGACCACUCAAGUUCUCUGAGAAGUUCCAGCUCUUUACCCCCUUCUCUCUGGGCUUCGAGUUCAGACCGGGCAGAGAGUACUACUACAUCUCCUCCACCAUCACCGAGAACGGGCGAAGAACAUGCCUGAAACUCAAAGUCUUCGUCCGACCAUCAAACAGCUGUGUGAAAACUAUAGGUGUACAUGACCGUGUUUUUGACGUAAACGACAAAGUAGACAAUUCGUUAGAACCCCGAGAUGAUACAAGUCACGAGUCUGCCGAACCGUCCAAGAGUGACGCCACAAGUGCAGCCUCACACCUGCGGAUAGCCAGUCCACUGCUGGCUGCACUGCUAAUCUGCUUAGCAACACUUUUCACAUUAUAGCGCAUCCCCCUGUCCUGGAGAGGAAUUACACCCUGUGCGGCCUGAAUCUACCCAAUGAUGAGGCUGGGGCUAGGGUGGGAGAAUGGGAAGGUUGGGAGGUAUUGAGAGUGGGCUUCUAUGUGGAACACUAUUUUUCCCAGAUAUUUAAGUGGUCUUUCUCCGUCAGUGAGUUUGAAAAAGUUGAUGUUGGAAGCGGAAGAAACUGUUUCACCCUUAAAACUGUCAACUAAGAUGCCAAAUCCCUAUUUUUGACACUUAGCGAUUCUUGUUUUCCCUUCUGACAUCCCUUUACGUCAGUCCGAUUCAUUGCACCGCUCACAUACACACACAUAAAGGUACACACACCUAAACACACUUUUACACGGACAGUUUUUCAGUAGCUCUUUGGUAGGUUGUAAAGCAGUAAUACAUAGUAGGUCAUGGUUGUUUUAGCUCUUAUCUAGACAAAGAACAAUAGAACAGAUAUGGGUAGUACUCACACCUCUCUCCUAGUCUUUACAGACUCAUCUACUUCUGCAUCAGGUGGAUACUGAUAGCUGGUUGUUUGUUGGGUUUUAUAGAUAGUGGAACACAACGUAGGUAUCAGUUGAGAUACAGUGUAGAAUAUGUUUAGUAGGAGAGAAAGGGCAUGAGUGAGCUGAGUUGGUUGAAGUAUUAAGUCCCCUGGCCUCUUUGAUGAAGGUAUGCUGCCAGGUACCCUCUGUGUGUAGAGAGAAUGGUUGGAGACGUUUGGCCUGACACGAAUAAAAGACGAAUAAAAACAUUUCAUCCAAGACUUUGUGGACCGUUGGGUGGAUGAAAGAUCAAUUAUUUUAAACAUUACUCACUUUAAGAGCGGCAGACAGGCUUUAUUCACUGACUUAAUCUAUAAUUGCUCUUUAGUGCCAGACGAUGCUUCGUCAAUAAUAACAAUCUGAACCCUCACUGAUGGCAGUUUUGAUUCAGUUUGUUAUAAAAUCUUUUCACUUAGUUUUCCCUUACAUACUCUGCCUUCUCUUGCUGAUGUUUUAAAUGUCAUCUAUGAUUAUGGCAAAGACAUUUAUGUAUCAAAGUGCCGGAGGAUUUUGUGUUGUUCAAAGGUUAUGUCAACAGUUUAGAGAAGAAAGCCGCUCUACCUAUGUGAAAGGGACCAACAGUUGAAGAGGCCUGCCUGCCUCACCAUGUUACAAAACACCCCUUUUUGAAUAUGAAAUAAUACCACUUCCCUACAAUGCAAAUUCAUAUUUUUCCUACAAUUGCUUAUCAUUAGUUCACUUAGACAUACUGUAGAGCUUGGCUUAUGGAAUUGUCUCUCAGCAUAGCUUUCUACUGUACCCAGUAAGGAGGCACCACCAUGUAGGAAACAGUGUUGCUUUACUGUAUUUUUCCACAAGUCUUUACCACUCAAGCAUAACCACAACUUCAACUCUAACCUCAGAUUCAGCAGCCAUUAGUCAAAUAGUACUCAAAUGCUGUAGCUACAGUCCAUUAUAGCAGGCUGCCUGUUCCCCAUUCACCAGACUCCAUUCAUUUUACUACCGCAUAAUUCAAUCUAAUCAUAAUCAACUCACAAUGAGUAUGUUAAUAGAGAAAAUAUCCUUUAACAUCGAGGCGGAGCGCAGAGCAGUUUAGUUUGGCCACGUUUUGUAUUGGCCCCUAUUUAUACAUUGUACUGUUUUUAUAAUGACAUUCAACUUCCUUAGACUCACACAGGAUCAGAUGGUAGAUUAACAUAGUUGGAGAGAUUUGUAAAUGGAAAUACUGUUAUUCCGUUCUUUCUUUCCCGGAGUAGGAUGGACAGAUACAUGAAUUAGGUGUGUUGAUACAGGUCUCCUUUCAGAGGAUAGAGAUGCUUAGAACUCUGCAAGCAGAGAGAGAGAGAGAGAGAGAGAGAGAGAGAGAGAGAGAGAGAGAGAGAG